CAGGGAGAAGACACUAUGACCUCCACCCUCACAGCCCUGCUCUGCCUCGGGCUGAGUGUGGGCCUCAGGACCCCAGUGCAGGCAGGGACCCUCCCCAAGCCCACCCUCUGGGCUGAGCCAGGCCCUGUGAUCCCCUUGGGGAGCCCUGUGACCAUCUGGUGUCAGGGGACCCCAGGGGCUGAGGAAUACCGUCUGGAGAAAGAGGGAAGCCCAGCACCAUGGAAAAGACAGAAGCCACAGGAGCCCGGGGACAAGGCCAAGUUCUCCAUCACACACAUGACAGAGCAUGAUGCAGGGAGAUAUCAGUGUUACUACCUCAGCUCCAAAAGCGGGUCAGAGCGCAGUGACCCCCUGGAGCUGGUGGUGACAGGAGCCUACAGCAAACCCAGCCUCUCAGCCCUGCCCAGCCCUGUGGUGACCUCAGGAGGGAAUGUGACCCUCCGGUGUGGCUCAGGGCAGGGAUUUGACAGGUUCAUUCUGACUGAGGAAGGAGACCACAGGCUCUCCUGGACCCUGGACUCACAGCCACAGCCCAGUGGGCAGUCCCAGGCCCUGUUUCCUGUGGGCCCCGUGACCCCCAUUCACAGAUGGACAUUAAGAUGCUAUGGCUGCUACAGGAAUAUAUCUCAGGUGUGCUCACCACUUAGUGAACCCCUGGAGCUCCUGGUCCCAGGUGAGUCUGGGAAGCCCUCCCUCCUCAGCCAGCCGGGCCCCAUCGUGGCCUCUGGACAGAGCCUGACCCUCCAGUGUCGCUCUGAUGUCGGCUAUGACAGAUUCGCUCUGCACAAGGAGGGGGCACAGGACCUCCCCCAGAGCCUUGUCCUGAAGCCCCAGGCUGGGCUCUCUCAGGCCCACUUCCCCCUGGACAUUACCAAUGGCUCCCACGGGGGCCGGUACAGAUGCUACGGUGGAUACAACGUCUCCUCUGAGUGGUCGGCCCCCAGUGACCCCCUGGACAUCCUGGUGGCAGGACACCUGCCUGACAGACCAUCACUCUUGGUGCAGCCAGGCCCCAGGGUGGCCUCAGGACAGAACGUGACCCUGAGGUGUCAGUCACAGAGCCCGAGGGACACGUUCCUUCUGUCCAAGGAGGGGGCAGUCGAUCCCCCCCUGCAUCUGAGAUCAGACCACCGAGCUCAGCAGUACCAGGCAGAGUUCUCCAUGAGUCCUGUGACCUCAGCCCACAGGGGCACCUACAGGUGCUACAGCUCAGUCAGCACCUCCCCCUUCCUGCUGUCACUCCCCAGUGAGCCCCUGGAGCUCCUGGUCUCAGGAGACGUCCCCAAACCCUCCAUCUGGGCUAACCCAGGCCCCAUCGUCACCAACAAGAGCUCUGUGACCAUCUGGUGUCAGGGGUCUCUGCAGGCUAGUGCCUACAUUCUAUAUAAAGAGAGGGGCUCUGAGCCCUGGGAAACCAGGAUCCCACAGGACUCCAGCAACAAGGCCGGUUUCCUCAUUGAAGCCACCACCCCAGCCCACGCAGGGCUAUACGAGUGUGCAUAUUACACCACUGAGGACAUACUGUCCCAGAGGAGUGACCCCCUGCUCCUGGUGGUGACAGGAGUGGGCGAUGCACCCUCCCUCUCAGCCCAGCCAAGCCCUGUGGUGGCCUCAGGAGGGAACAUGUCCCUCUCCUGUAGCUCUAACCUCACAUCGGGCCCUUUCCAUCUGCUGAAGGAGGGAGGGGCUGACCCUCCCCGACACAUGGAAGCAGAAUGGAGGAUGCAUGCUGAAAAUUGGCAGGCCAUCUUCUCUCUGAGCCCUGUGGGCCCCCCCCAUGGAGGGACCUACAGAUGCUAUGGUUCUUCCAGCUCCUACCCCAACGUGUGGUCACAGCCCAGUGCACCUCUGCACAUCGAGGUCACAGGUGUGCACAGGGAGCCCGCCCUCUCGGCCCAGCCAGGCUCGCUGGUGCUGCCUGGACACAGCCUGACCCUCCAGUGCCACGCAGAGGCCGGCUUUGACACAUUCGCUCUGACCAAGGACGAGGGGCUCACACCUGCCCAGCGUCUCGAUGGGCAGCACAGCCCCCACUUCCCCCUGGGCCACGUGAACCACACCCACGGGGGCCGGUACAGAUGCUACAGUGGACACAGCCUCUCCUCUGUGUGGUCGGCCCCCAGUGCCCCACUGGACAUCCUGGUGGCAGGAAUGUACAGGAAACCCUCCCUCUCAGCCCAGCCGGGACCCUCAGUGCCCUGGGGAGUGACGGUGACCCUGCAGUGUGGGUCUGAGAUCUGGUUGGACACCUUCCACCUGCACAGGGAGGGGUCACUGGACCCUCCCCAGCACCUCCAUCUGCAGGACACGUCUGCACCCUCUCAGGCCACCUUCACCCUCAGUCCUGUGACCUCAGGCCACCAGGGGACCUACAGGUGCUAUGGCUCAAACAGCACCUCCCCCUACCUGCUGUCACAGCCCAGCGACCCCCUGCAGCUGGUGGUUUCAGACUACACAGUGGAGAAUCUCAUCCGGAUGGGCGUGGCUGGCUUGGUCCUGGUGGUGCUCGGGGUGCUGCUAUUUCAGGCUCGAAACGACACCAGAAGGACCCUCCAUGCAGCCAGGAUGUGA